GGCUAUUGUUUAUGACCAUUGACAUUUGACAAUCUGAAUCAAACCAAAACAAAUCGUACUUGAGAAUGUUUUUAAUUGGUCUCACAGGGUGAAUAUGAGUUAAUUCGUUUACUAAAUAAUAACAUCUAAGUUUGCAAUGGAAAUUUCAGGUACAUUUCUAGGUUUAUCCAUCAUCCAUUUUUCCAUAGGCUUAUUAUUUUAUUUUUCAUGGAUAUCAGAACACCCUGAAAUGGGUAUUGCUAGUGGAAAAUCUACAACUGCCAAUAUUUUCAAGGAAAAACAAAUUCCAGUGAUUGAUGCAGAUGUCUUUGCUCGUCUCAUUGUAAAACCUGGGCAGAAAGCUUGGAAUGAAAUUCACAAGGCAUUUGGAAAUGAUGUGUUCCUUGAAGAUGGUCAGUUAAACAGAGAGGCACUUGGGAAAAUUAUUUUUGCUGAUAACAACAAAAGAAAGAUACUAAACAAAAUUACACACCCAAAAAUACAAAAGAUGAUGUUUUGGGCAGUAAUAAAAUAUUUUUUUGAAGGUCACAAGUUUGUUAUACUUGACAUACCCCUUCUAUUUGAAACUGGAACUUUGCUGCCAUUUCUUCAUAAGAUAAUAACAGUUUCAUGUGACCAAAAAACUCAACUGAAAAGGCUGAUGGAAAGAGAUGAUUACACUGAAACUGAAGCAAACCAAAGAAUUUCUUCACAGAUGUCUCUUUCAUUGAAGUGUGAAAGAUCAGAUUUUGUAGUUGACAAUUCAGCAACUUUUGGUGAAACAAGAAAACAAGUGGAGAAAAUUGUGUCUUACUUUCAGGCUUCAAAUCAUCAUGUGCAAGUCCGAAUUUAUCUGGCAACCUGCCUAAUCAUAUUUUUCUGUAUAUGUGGCUUACUAUUUUUUUUGGUGUACAAGCUACUAACAAGAUAAAGGGAAUUGAAUAGAAAAUCAAUAGUC